AAAUUCCUGAAAACAUGUUGACUUCAGAUGAAUUACGCAAAUUUAUAGAAAAACUUUCGACCACACAUUCUUUAGGGAUAAACCAUUCACAACCGAUUAUUAUACAUCAAAAUAAAAUAUCUAAGCAUGAUGCGCAUAAAGAUGAUAAAAAUCUCGAUUUGCAAAUACUACAAUAG